AUGCACUUGGACAAGCAGCCUGACAGCAAGGCAAGCGCAAAAGCAACCAUCCCUCUUCCGCUUGCCCAGCCACCCGCCGCCAAAGCUCUAGACUCGUCCGCCACCAACCCGUAUGAAGCAGCGCGCGAAGCUCUCCUACGCGACGGCUACGUCAUCCUCCCCGCCUCGCUCUUUCCCUCCAUCGACCUGCCCGCUCUGCGCACCGCAGCCACACGCCUAACACACAAAGCCCGCACAGGCGAAUGGCCGUACAUCCGCACGCUCCCCAAGCAAUUCCCACCCUGGCCGCAGGACCCCGCAGACGGAAUAUGGGGCGUCCAGCACCUUCUCCACCCGUCGAACCCCGACGCCUCGACGUUCGCAAAAAGCUACUUCGACGCUGAACUCGUCCGCUGCGUCAGCACGCUCGUCGGCUGCGCAGAAGAUGAGCUGUGCAUGGAAUUGUACAAUAUGCUCGUGCGCCCGGACCGCGACUUCAGCUUGCGCUGGCACCGCGACGAUGUCCCCGCCACCGCGACGCCGGACGAGGAAAUCGCCCGGCUGGCUAAGCCGGGGCGACACGCGCAGUGGAAUCUCGCUCUCGCUGACGAUGAGAGCCUCGUGCUCGUCCCGGGGAGUCAUAAGCGCGCGCGCACCGCGACGGAACGAGACGCGGAUCCGUACCAAGAGCACCUUCCAGGGCAGAUCACGGUGAAGCUCCAAGCGGGCGAGGUCGCGUUCUACGAUAACAAUAUUCUGCAUCGCGGCGUGUAUAGCUGUGAACGGGAGCGCAUGACGCUGCAUGGGAGUAUGGGCACGGGCGGGCAGAGGGCACGGAAUGUGCUGCAGCAUGGUGUUGGGGAGUGGGUUGGGGGCUGUGAUUUCACGGCGCUGGAGGAGGGGUGUCAGGGUAGGGCGGAGGGGAUGAGGGAUCGGCUUGUGGUGCUGGGGAGUGGGAGUGGGGAUGUGGGGUUUUUCGCUGAGGGGGAGUAG